UGAUGAUUUGCCAAGGUCGUGUAGGUCUCGGGGUAUUCUCUACUCUGGCCAUCGUAUUGGUUCUUCUGUUGCCGUUGGAUCUGUUGGAUUGGAGAACCGAAGCAGACGUUUCCUAUCAGCAACCAGUAGUGUCCCUGACGAGUACUUCUACACGGUUGACUUUGGAGCUACCGAUCACUGUGGAGUCAUUGUUGCAGCAGACCCUGCCACCAGCUGAGAUCCGCUUAUAUAUUCCUGAAGCCACGGCACUACUGUCCAACAGCUGUAAUGUCUCUAAGCGGCCGACCACCCCCUUUUGUGCAAGGGAAGCCAAAAUUCUCAAUGUCCUCAGUCAUCCCAGCGUUCAUGUCAUUCCCGUCGCAGAUUUGGGACCUGCUACCAAAUUCCUGUACGUAAUUCAGGAGUUCCUUUCCAGAGGAGGGAGCCCUUCUCGAAUAUUUACUACCACCCAUGAUUUUGCCCACUCGUCAGAACCAGACGUCCCGGUCUCAGCAACGUAUCUACAUCAGCCAAUCGUUGUUUGCGAUGAUGACCACUACUACGCACCCACAUUUCUACAAGAUUUAAUGCGCGCACAUCACCAAUUGGGGCAUGCAGCAAUCGGGCUACGUGGAUGGAGAAUACGUCAAGACUUGCAAUGGGGCGUUCAAGGAGCUCAAGAACAACGACGUCAUAUUAUUCAAGGGUGGACUCUAGCUGAACCGUACAGAGUCGGUAUUGUGACAGCUAAUGAAGGGUAUCUGAUUCAACCAAGAUUCUUCGCCACGAGUGCAGGGGACGUGCCAAUUCUUAACUUAACGGGUGCAUCUUCAGAGGCCACAUUGGUCGACGAUAUUUGGAUGAGCGGACAUCUCGCUGCUCAGGGUGUUCCACGAAUUGUUGUACCUGCUAUUUCAAGUAACGUCGAUAUCUCACAAUCGUACACACUUGAAUCACAAUUUCAAAGUAAACAGACAUCUCGUUACAUAGCCAAUACAGUAGCAUUACGACUAUUUAGCAGCGUUUGGGAGAAUAGCAUGUGGUAUCAAUUUGGAAUAGAUAGCUCAAUAUCGCCUAGAAGGGUUCGAGGACGGGUGAAGGUAUAUAGAUGGCUUAAAGGCAUUGCGCUAUCUUUAAAAGUACAGCUGCGAUUGUCAGCGCUAUAAAAGAAAGCAACCCGGU